GAAACUGUCAGCUUGCUGCUAAGGAAGCCGCAGCUCUGGCUGUUGUCCCCUCGGCGUCACGGCUAAGAGAAGCGGAGAGCGUAGUCCUGGUUUGCGGGGAGCCUGGACGCAUUUGCACAAAAUGUCAUCAGAUGAGGAGAAAUGCUCAUUUCCAGUUAUGCAAAGCAGUUCUGACAGUUCCGUCUCUUCAGAUCUUCAGGAAGAAUAUGAAGAGUUGCUUCGCUACGCUAUAGUGACUCAAAAUAUUGAAUCAAAUGCUUCACAUCAAGUACCAUCUUAUGCUAAGGGAGAUGCAAUGCCGGACGUUCGAAUUCCUAUCCUAAUCGAUGACGUUCUUCAUAAUCAAGCAGGAAGUGCCCCUGCAGUAAGAGAACCAAGAUCUGAAGUUGGAAAAGGAUGUGAUUUAAAUACCUCAAUUCUUUCAAAGACAGAUGGGGCAUCGCCACUGUCUUCACCAAGGAAACCUUCUCAUCCAGUGAUGGAUUUUUUUAGUUCAAAUAUUUUAGGUGACUCUUCCUCCCCAGGAUCUAAUUCUACCCAUCCAGAUGUCCAGCAAGCCAACAAUUUUGUGGUUUCUCCUGAAAGCCUCCAGAAGGUGGAAAACAUCCUUGAUCUUUGGAGCUCGGGGAUUAAGACAAACAUCUUAUCAGAAUUAACUAAGUGGAGACUUAACUUUAUUGACUGGCAUCGAAUGGAAAUGAAAAAAGAGAAAGAUCGGCACGCAGCAGAUUUGAAACAGCUGCACAGCCAGAUCAAUGGCUUGAAGGAGCUACAAAAGACCUAUGAGGUCUCCAUUGGGAGAAAAGAUGAGGUGAUUUCUAGCUUGUCUCAUGCCAUAGGCAAGCAAAAAGAAAGAAUAGAGUUGAUGAGAACUUUUUUCCGCUGGCGAAUUAAUCAUGUCAGAUGCAGACAAGAUGUUUAUGAAGGUAAACUAGCUGACCAGUAUUUCCGGAGAACCCUACUGAAGAAGGUCUGGAGAGGCUGGCACUCCAUAGUGCAGCGACAGUGGAAAGAAGUUGUGGAGCGAGCUUGCCAGGCAAGAGCUGAGGAAGUUUGUGUCCAUAUUUCUAAUGACUAUGAAGCCAAAGUUGCGAUGUUGUCUGGAGCUUUGGAAAAUGCAAAAGCUGAGAUCCAGAGAAUGCAGCAUGAAAAAGAGCACUUUGAAGAUUCCAUGAAGAAAGCGUUCAUGAGAGGUGUAUGUGCAUUAAAUCUUGAAGCUAUGACUAUGUUUCAGAACAGAAAUGAAACGGGGAUAGACUUGACAAACAUUAAGAAGGAUGAGUACGAUUCUGGUGCUCAAGGAAAAGAACAUUCUGUUCAUCUGGAUCCUUCCGCUCCCUCCGCACCCUCAUGCAGCACGCGGGCCGUCACACCUCCGGCUGCUGCUGCAGGGCCAUCCAGCACCGCCGUCUUCCCCUCUGGGGCGUCUGUCGCCACCUCUGGGGCUGCUUCUGCAUCCAUCCCCUUUCCCGUGCCUUCUCAUCUUGGUACUGGAUCUUCAGUUGCUACUGCACCAGAAGAGAUGUAUGUUCCCAGAAUUGUAACAUCUGCACAGCAGAAAGCGGGAAGAACAAUUACAGCCCGAAUCACAGGGAGAUGUGAUUUUGCUUCAAAAAACAGAAUUAACAGCAGCUUGGCGAUUAUGGGAGUUUCUCCACCCAUGAGCUCAGUUGUUGUUGAAAAGCAUCAUCCUGUCACAGUGCAAACCAUCUCUCAAGCUACUGCAGCAAAAUAUUUUCGGACCAUUCACCCUGAAACUAACGCCUCAACUUCCAGAUCUCUGGGAACCAGAUCGGCCCACACCCAGUCUCUCUCAAGCAUUCAUUCCAUGAAAGUGGUUGACUAAACAAACAUGUUUAUGGUGAAGCCUUUUCAUUCCUCUGCUUUAUAAAGGAUUUGAGGUCUUUAGUUUUUCAUUCUUCCAUAUUCUUAAGUACAUUAAGGAUAUAUCAUGUUCAUUUCCCCAAAAUUAUAAGAGACUUUUAAAAACCAUACCAUCCUUUGUAACUAUAUGUAGA